GUGCGUAUAGCAGCAAAAUUCAUCAUUCAUGCCCCUCCUGGAGAAUUCAAUGAGGUGUUUAAUGAUGUUCGGUUACUGCUUAAUAAUGAUAAUCUUCUCAGGGAAGGAGCAGCCCAUGCUUUUGCACAGUAUAACCUGGACCAGUUCACGCCAGUAAAAAUUGAAGGUUAUGAAGAUCAGGUAUUGAUAACAGAACAUGGCGACUUGGGAAAUGGCAAGUUUUUGGAUCCAAAAAACAGAAUCUGUUUCAAAUUUGAUCACUUGAGAAAGGAAGCAACUGAUCCAAGACCAUAUGAAGCAGAAAAUGCAAUUGAAUCUUGGAGAACUUCGGUAGAAACUGCUCUGCGAGCUUAUGUAAAAGAACAUUACCCAAACGGGGUCUGCACGGUGUACGGUAAAAAAAUAGAUGGACAGCAAACCAUUAUUGCAUGCAUAGAAAGCCAUCAGUUCCAAGCAAAAAAUUUUUGGAAUGGUCGUUGGAGGUCAGAGUGGAAGUUUACAAUUACUCCUUCAACCACUCAGGUGGUUGGCAUCUUGAAAAUUCAGGUUCAUUAUUAUGAAGAUGGUAAUGUUCAGCUAGUGAGUCAUAAAGAUAUACAAGAUUCCCUAACAGUGUCUAAUGAGGUGCAGACAGCAAAAGAAUUUAUAAAGAUUGUAGAAGCUGCAGAAAAUGAAUACCAGACUGCCAUCAGUGAGAAUUAUCAAACAAUGUCGGACACUACUUUCAAAGCCUUACGUCGACAGUUGCCGGUUACUCGUACUAAAAUUGAUUGGAACAAGAUCCUUAGCUACAAGAUUGGCAAAGAGAUGCAGAAUGCAUAAGAUGAACAUUGCAUGACUGGAUCAUUUUAGUGUCUUUGCGUUAAAAAAAAAAAAUCAUUGCAAAAGUAUUCAGAACUGUCAAGCUGCCCAGUCAGAUGGGCUGUUGCCAUUUAAAAAUCACUGUAAUUAAUUAGUUUGGUUAGAGCAUAAAGCUUAGCUAAUCAACCAUUAUUUUUCAUUUCUUUUAUUCAAAGAGAAUUGAAAAUCAGUUUAGUUUAAAUGUAUUUUACUUUCUGUUACGCCUUCUUUCUUACAAUGAAGAGAUGUUUCCUCUAGUUUAAUGGUUAAAAGUUUUUGAAGGCUUUCGAAAAUAUUUUACCUCCUAUAACCCUAAAAUUGUUGUCUUUUGGUUUCUGAAAUGAGUAACUUUGUAUAUUUGCCCAAUUCUUUUUAAUGGGGUCAAUAAUAGACAUUAUGGUUUAAGGUGGUUGAUGGAUUUAGCCACGUAUGCUGCUAAAGAAAUUGUCUACCUUCCCCCCACCUCUUCCACUUAUGUAAGACCGAGAUUAGAGGGAAAACAUUUUCUAUAUCAAUUGUGUUUAAACCUUUCAAAAAGGUUAUUUAGCUAGCUUAGUGUUUAACUAAACUUUUUUUAAACAAGGCCAAGAUCUAAAGUUGUUUUGAGAUUCUGAUAUUAAAUGAAAAUACUUAUUUCAGUAAUGCAUUUAAUGCUUUUUUUCUUGUGACGGUUAUGCAAAUUAGCUUGAAUCCAUGUCCCUGAGUUAUUUUUAUCAUAAAGCCACAAAUGUAUUAUAACAAGGCAAAUUGUAAUAUAUAUAAUCCUGAACUCAUGACCAUGUCUCAGUUUUUUUUUUUUUUUUGGAUUGAAAAAGACUGAAAUUCAUUGUAUCAUUAAAAUGCAAAUUUUCCUAUUUAUUUGAGUAGAAAAUCACUUACCAGUGAGUCAUAUACUAUUUUAAAAUACUUGCUUCAAAUAUUGUAAUUCUUAACUGGUUGUAAAUUAGAAAAGCUGGGAUUACAUAUGGU